AUGGUGACGCAAAAAAGUAGUGACAGAGAGCAGCUCUACAUGUUGGAGUUCCUAGUGAACCGAUUAAAUUUAUCUCCCGAAAUUCUCGGGAAGAUCUCCGGACCUUUAUCAGUGCGUUUUAAACUUCUCGACUUCGAUGAAUUCACGAUAAAUCAAGAAGACUUUUCCAGAAGUCCCCUGACCAAAGAGAGCACCAUCGACUUCGCCUCAGGGAAAUCCUGCGUCUUCUCCAAAAAGCCAAAAGAUCUCAUAAAAAAAUUGCAAACCGAUCCCUUGACCAUCGAGAUCUGCAGAUCAAACUCCGAUCCUUGUCUCCAAGAGCCAGAAUACCCGGUUUGUAAGGCUCAGUUGAACCUUUCUGGAUGCUUCUGUGACAUAGAAAGAGCGAUGAAAGACCCUCUUCAUUUACCAGCCCCUUACACCGUCCAAGACAGUUACAAUCUGAUAGACGAAGAUGGAAAAGCGUCUGGGAGCAUCGAAAUUUUCUUGAGACUCUCCUGCCUCGGUGAGUCCAUCGUCACCCACUUUCACGUAAACGAGAAAGCCUUCCUCUUCAAGAAUACGAACUCACUCGAUAAAUUUUCGUGCAUUAAACUUCCACCGACUGACGAAGCAACAAAAAAUAAAUUCUGGACCCCAAAAUCGAGAGCUGUCGAUUUAGAUAAGAAACCCGAGCCAAAGACAAUCAUCGGGAUCUCCGCGGUUUGCGAGGAUCUCAUUAAACGUUCUCCUCGUCCAAUAUCUCCUGAGAUACCUCCACUGACCCUGGAAGAAGAGCCAAACCCCCCAGGACCUCCCGAAGUCGAAAAGGAAGAAUUAAUUGAUGAUUCGGUGAUCCUUAAAGAAUCAAGUUUCGAUGACACUAAGUAUUUAUCCCCAAGAAAAUUCCCAUGUGGAGGAAGCUCAUGUCCUGGAGGUAUCUGCAGUGGUCCCUUUCCAUCAACCGAAGACAUUCCCCGAAGAAAUCGAUGGAAAAGUGAUUAUAAACCUCAAGAGAUGAGAAAUAAGAGAUUGAGAGGGGGAAAUGAUGAUAGAUCAGCGACGAUUUCCAUUCAAUCCAUGCAGACCGUUGCCCUAGAUGUUGUCUCCAAGAACAUGAAUUCCGUCGGACAAUUGUCGUCUACUCAACUUCCACCGAGUGACGAAGAAAUAAAAAAUAAGUUCUCGACCCCAAAAUCGAGAGCUGUCGAUUUAGAUAAGAAACCCGAGCCAAAGACAAUCAUCGGGAUCUCCGCGGUUUGCGAGGAUCUCAUUAAACGUUCUCCUCGUCCAAUAUCUCCUGAGAUACCUCCACUGACCCUGGAAGAAGAGCCAAACCCCCCAGGACCUCCCGAAGUCGAAAAGGAAGAAUUAAUUGAUGAUUCGGUGAUCCUUAAAGAAUCAAGUUUCGAUGACACUAAGUAUUUAUCCCCAAGAAAAUUCCCAUGUGGAGGAAGCUCAUGUCCUGGAGACAUUCCCCGAAGAAAUCGAUGGAAAAGUCAUUAUAAACUUCAAGAGAUCAGAAAUAAAAGAUUGAGAGGGGGAAAUGAUGAUAGAUCAGCGACGAUUCCCAUUCAGUCCAUGCAGACACUUCUGUCAGGCGUCUGCAGGUCAUUCCUCCCUGAAGAAGAGCCUCGUCUGGGCUGUGGAUGCCACACAAAGCUGGGGAAUCAGUCCAAAAUAAAGAAGAAAUGUUACGGGAUCGAUUGUCUGAUAAAAUCCUUCAAGGAAGCUGAAAAAUUCGUGGACGGCAUUGGGAGGGUCCCAGGGAUGGCGGGACUAGGACUCAUGGAUCCUACGGAGAGUCCCUUCUUCGGAAGGCCCCGGUACAGACCGUUGCCAAGACCAAGAGAACAAGAAAGCAAAAAACCAAUGAAGAGUCUUUUGGGUCUGUCGAUGGCGAAAAAAGACAGCUCUAUCCUUCGGCCGCCGCGGACAUUACCGUCAAGAGCUUCGGACGGAGGCAAACUUAAUGCCGCAGCUUCUAAGAAACUGAAAGGCGAGGAUUAUGAGACGAAUAUCGGGGAAGAACUCAUGACUAUUAAAGAACCACAAAUGGGACCUUGCGGCGAACCCGUUUGCAACUCCCGGAGGAAAAUCAAUAAAACUGAUUUGGAUGUGUCGUCGAAGGAGAUUCUCAAGACCAUUAAGAUGAAGAAAGCUUCUUUGUUGUCGACGAAACGGAAGAAUAUGAAACUCAAUUUGAAGAAGGCGAAGAACUUGAAGAAUUAUGAGAGGAAUUACAGCCAUGUUAAGGUGGGGAAAAGAGUAAUGAGGCUGGUGGAGGGUGUCAGUCAGCGCAGCUGCUUCGGUCAUAGAAGUUGCGUGGAGAUCAGAGCCAGAGUUCCCGGGAACAUGGGUUGGCUGUGGAACACCAGUAACACGCCUGGUAGCCUCAGACCCCAAGUCGGAUGGAAGCCAGGCGCGAUCUCCAGGCGAGUCUGGAGCAUUCUGGAGCAGGCGAAGCUGGGGAAGGACACUGACUCCGUCGAUGAGAGACCCGUGACUCCGAUAAAAGGGAGAAAGGGGAAAAUGUCAAAGUCCAAGAGUCUUUUGUCUGUUGCCAGGAGCCAGAGGAAGAGGCGAGAGAGGGACGAUGAGCGGGAACUCCCUCCGACUCUCCACAUCCACAGGAAAAAUGGGGAUUAUUACGUCACGAUGUACCCAGUGAAGCCCGAGGGCUCGAACAAUCCCGAGGCACUGGAGGAUGUGAAGCCUCUGCAGUUCAAGGUCACGAAAAACAGGAAUGCGGACGACGAUGAAGGCGAUGCCAGUUCUAUCGGAGACGACCUGGAAUUCGAGUUCUCUCCACCUGCUGCGAUACACAAGUACCAGAAGAAGGCGGAGAGGAAAGAUUUGGAGACUCAGGUAGUGCAACAGGAGAUCCUUGAUGCCUUCAAGUCUAGUGGAAGUCCGACAGCGAAGAAGAAGAAGAAAGGCGGGAAGAAGUGAAGAUUGGGGAUUCAAAAUUUUCAAUUGGAGAGGAUAAACUAGGGAAUUUCGGGGUCACGGAUUUCCGCUCUUACCGAUGAUCAAUAUAUCCGUAUGUUAUUCACCAUCGGUAGAAUGAAUUCGUUGAGGAAGUAGUGGAGAAUUGAUUAGAAGUUUCU